UUUAUCCACUCUACGUUCAGACACUUUCUGCUUUUUAUCUCGUUAACAACCAAAGUCACAAAUUCAAAAUCAAUACGCAAGGAUGAGUGACGGACUUGAAACAGCAUUGAAUGUGACUGUGCACAUUGAUAAGUACUACUUACCGAUUUUCUUGUGUCUUUCUGUGCUGGGCAACAGUCUAUCCGUGUAUGUACUCUUUUGCACAAAACUACGUUACAAGUCAUCCAGCAUCUACUUGGGUGCACUGGCGAUGAGCGACAUUGGUGUGUUAGUGACAACAUUCGUGACGUGGUUUGAAGACAUGGAAAUUAUAACUCAGGAAUAUUGGUUGCUAAUCCUACAUAAUAGUUUGGAAUAUACAUUUACUUUCUUGAGUGUGUGGAUUGUAGUCACCUUUACAUUUCAACGAUAUAUAGUGGUCAAGUGGCCGCUACUUCGUCGCUCCUUGUGCACAGUUAAUCGAGCGAAAAUUAUAGUGAUUGGACUGGCGGGAUUAGCAGUUUUAUACUCAAUCCCAUUUAUUAUUAUGAAAAUAAUGUACACAAAUUUAGAUGCAGAUGAGGGAAAAAAUUUGUUGUACUGGUGGUGGAUUUUUCUUAUUAUUGAUGCUAUUAUAACGUGUUUCUUACCUGCAACAAUAAUAGUAAUUUUUAAUGCUCUAAUAGUAUACAACAUCCGCAAGCAAAAUCGUAUCCGAAGAAACAUGAUCUCAAGUUUUUCUGCUUCCAAUACGAACACACAAAGUUCUGACAAUGUAGCGUCCCACAUUGAAGUCACAAAAAUGCUUGUUAUUAUUUCAACCUUCUUCAUAUGUUUGAAUGUACCUUUAUGCGUCGUUAAUCAUUAUUUCUACAAUAGCAUCUGUGGUAUAUAUUGUGUCAUAAUUCUGUACAUCGCCCGAUUAUUAUGGUUAGCAAAUUAUGGAAUGGACGUUGUUUUGUAUUGUGCAACUGGGAAAAAUUUUCGCAGAGAAUUGAUCUGCAUGUUUACGAAAUCUUCAGAUAUUAGAAGAAACGCAGAUGAUUUAUGAUUCGACCAUGAGUUACUCGGUAUCAGUAAUUGGGUAUAUACAGGCUGUCCGGUAAUUGCUGAAGCACUUGGAUGAAAAAGACUAGGAUUUUCGUUAAUUGUUAUUUCAAAAACGUUUUUAAGUUUUAAAAGUGGAUUUUGCAGAUCCUGUACGUUUUUGCCAAAUAAUAUAUCAUCAUUUACAUGAAUGGUUAGAAA